AUGUGUGACAACAAUAAACACAACAAUAAACUUCUUAUUGAAAUUCUUGAAGGUUUGGCUGGUUCAGGGUGCAAUGAUAAAGAGUCACAAGAUGUUCUUUUAACACGUUGCCUUAACGCAUCGUCCCAAGAGCUUAAAGAAUUUUUCGACGAACUUUCAGAGCUCUUAUGUCAAUAUCCUGAUAUAUACAUACCAACUUUAGAGGCUUACCUUUCCUAUCUUUAUAAAAAGUAUUCGUGUAAUAGCGAUAGUAGGCUUUCAAAUUUUACCUCAAUGCUGAUCACCAUUACCAUGGUAGGAAAUCUACGUUAUUCAGAUAUUCUACAGUUCAGAGAACUCUUUCGUCUCUGCGUCGAGCUCCUUUGGAAGAUUUCAGAUAAUAAGACGGCAAUCUGGAUAACUGAACGCGUCUUCAAUGAGAUUUUGGAUGCGCAUGGGGUUUUUGGCAUUUGGAUUUCAGACAAAUCUGGCCUUCACUUCAUAAAGCGAAUUUUGUUUAAAUUCAAUAUGAUGGAAAUGAUCGAUCGUAAUAAGGCAUUAGGAGCUGUAGAUUUAGUUGCAUCUCUCAUUGAGAAUUGUUCAGAUCACAAUAAUGGCGUAUCACAACUAUUAGAAAAGCUUUCUGAAUAUAAAGCCUGCACAGAAUUGCUGAAAACUCUAACAAGUUAUCAGAAUGCAGAACGUUCUGUUUUAGAUGCUAAAAAGAAUUCUUUUUUGCCAACACUACAAGACAUGAUAAAGCUUGACAAAAAUGAACCUGAAGUUCAAAAUUUGAAUAGGGAAUGUAACACCUCCAGAUUUGUGAUAACAGUUAAAAACUUACCUCUCACAAUUCAGGAUGAACAAAAUCUUGCCAUCUUGGGGAUGGAAGUUCCUAGAAAAUUAUCAAAGUUACAAAUCUUUUUACGAGCCCUUGAAGAACAAAAAAUAAAUUUGCUCAAGGUUUUAAUCGAAUUUUUGCCAUGCGGAAGUUGUCACAGACAAACCCUUGUUGCUUUCUCACCAGAUAAAUAUUCAUCUCUUGCGAAUGAAAAUGUGUCUGCAGAUAUAGAUUAUGAUACAUUCCUAUCAGAACGUAAACUUCCAUUUGAAUUCAGCGAUGGUGACAGAUUAGGUCCAUGGGACGUUUUGCUUAGUGAAGAUGCAGUUAGAGAUAUGCGAAGUUUAGAGUCUCCUCAAAUAAUUAAGGCAGUCAUGAAAAAAUUUGGACAUAUAUCAUCCGGAAAAUGGGAUCAAUAUAAGCUCAGAAAUAAAAUUGUCGAUUGUAGUUCUGUAGACGUCUAUGAAAUGGAACUUCCUGAUCAAAAAGAACUGAGAAUUCUUUGGCAAGUUGACUGCCGCUUUUCUACGCGCAGUUGUUCGCUUGCGCAGGUAGUGAAAAUAUGGACAGUCACUGCAAAUCAAGAACAGAUUCGCGAGAUGUUAGAAAAUCUUGCAAUCGUUCAUCAAGUAUAUACUAUUAAGCAAAUACAACUAUGCAAGACAGGCAUAAAUAAAGACGGCGUUAUUUUACCAAAAAUAUUUAGAGGCUUGAGGUCAAAUUCCACUAACGAAAGAUUAUAUGACCAUCAGGAUGAUGAUGAGAGGCUAAUAAAAGUACACCAAUUACUUGUUACGAACAAGUUUAUUCCCUUGUCGAAGAAUUUAUUCAAAUCAAUUGUUCUUGGAGGUUCGGGUUUCAUUUUCCAAGUAUCUGAAGAUGAAUACAAAAUCAUCAAACAUCCUACGUCUGCUAUUAUCUUUGGAAGAUCUGGAACUGGAAAGACAACAUGUAUCGUGUUUCGACAGAUUGCUUCAUACCUUAUGAAAUCCAAUCAAUCCAGUAACAAACUUUACAAGACUCCAUCCUUACAUACAAAUGUCAUAGAUGCGAACAUUUUUAACAAAAGACAGAUAUUCAUUACC